GCCCAAAAGGAUUCAGAAUACUUUAUCUUUGGUGCUCUAUUUUCGAAGAUAAACUAAACUGAUAGCGUGUGCAAACAGAAUCCACGCUACCUUGCAGCAUAAAACCACUCUUUCUUGCCGCGAAGGACGACGCCGGAGCCAGCUCUACAGUCUCGGUGGCCGAUAUAUUCCUCUAAUGCACCUAAAAGGAGCAAGCUUCCUCAAAGGAGCAAGCUUUCUCUGAUUAAAGAGAGAAAGAGAUGGUGAAGUUUUCUGGGUAUUCUUUGAUUUCUUCAUUUACUCCUUUUCAUCCUGUUAUUCUCAAAAAACAGCGUCCGAUUUUCAGCAUUAGAUUUAUAUAUCAACAAUUCAACCAAUUCAAGAAGAACGCUUUCUGUUCUUGCUAAUAAACAUCAGUUACGUAACAUAGAAACUCACACCAAGAUGGGUGUCGAACAAUAUUGCCCUCCUCUAUUUAGUGUUGCUCCAAUGAUGGACUGGACCGAUAAUCAUUAUAGGACUGUUGCACGCAUAAUAUCAAAACAUGCAUGGCUUUAUACGGAGAUGCUUGCUGCUGAAACAAUUGUCCAUCAACAAGGAGAUUUGGACAGAUUUUUGGCGUUUUCUCCCGAACAGCAUCCAAUUGUGUUGCAAAUUGGUGGGAAUAAUUUGGACAACAUCGCAAAAGCAACUCGACUUGCCAAUUCUUAUGGAUAUGAUGAAAUUAACUUGAAUUGUGGUUGUCCUAGUCCCAAGGUAGCUGGACAUGGGUGCUUUGGCGUCCGUCUUAUGCUUGAUCCAAAGUUUGUCGGUGAAGCUAUGUCAGUUAUUGCUGCCAACACAGAUGUCCCUGUUAGUGUUAAGUGCCGAAUUGGUUUAGACGAUCAUGAUUCUUAUAAUGAGCUCUGUGAUUUUAUCUAUAAGGUUUCUUCUCUAUCUCCGACUAAGCAUUUUAUUAUACAUUCACGGAAGGCUUUGCUCAAUGGCAUUAGCCCAGCUGACAAUCGAAGGAUUCCUCCCCUCAAAUAUGAGUACUAUUACGCCCUCUUACGGGAUUUUCCUGACUUAAGAUUUACAAUAAAUGGAGGCAUAAAUUGUGUUGAUGAGGUAAAUGCAGCAUUAAGGGAAGGUGCACAUGGUGUAAUGGUUGGGCGUGCUGCCUACAAUAACCUCUGGAAUACUCUGGCACAUGUUGAUACUGCAAUUUAUGGUGCACCAAGCAGUGGUCUUACACGUCGUCAGGUCCUUGAACAAUAUCAAAUAUACGGGGAUGCUGUUCUGGGAACAUAUGGGAAUAGUAGACCUAAUAUACGGGACCUGAUAAAGGACAAAGCUACAUCUCAUAAAACGUUCUCUGUUGCCUUGCUUUUUGUCAGGGAUGAAUGCCUUUAUUUGGUUUUUUCUAUUCCGAGCCUGGAAACAAUUUGUGGAAGCGCAAAGCUGAUGCUGCUUUCCAGAUGAAGAAUAUCACGACAGUCAAAUCCUUUUUCGAGGAAACCCUAGUAGCGAUUCCUGAUACUGUCUUGGAUUCACAUGUUGCGGAGCUACCAUCUGGUCGUAAAGAUCUUUUUGCUAAUGUACAGGGAUUGCUUCCACCACCGUAUGAAACCAGAGAAGAGGAGGUAGUAGUAUAUGCUUAGUCUUAACACAUAGGCGUCAUUUAUACCUCGUUAUAUCCCAUAUUAAGCUUACUCAGCAAUUGCAUUUUUUUGGAUGACUUGGUUGAUCGGUCAGUGUAACAGUAUCUAUAAAUUUGGUGUUGCUGUGGGACUGUCGAAGAUUUAUGAUUGUCCCUCAACACUGAGAUACAGACACUUUGGAUGUAUGUGCUAAUAAUGUAUGACAAUGAAUCUGGUCUUCGAUACUGGUAAAUUCCACGUGUCAAAGCUCUUUGAUUUUGGAA